UGGAGGUGCUCGGCUUUGUUGCUCUCUGCAAUUAAAGUCUAAUUGAAUUCACAAGCUCCAGUAUCUGAGUAGUAUUUGAUUUAAUAUUUUCCACAACAGUAGCUUGGACUGACAUUACAGCGAGACUUAACUAUUCCUGAUAAAAUGGAACUGAUGACUGUCUGGAGUAUAGUUCUCAUGGUGAUGUCUAUAGACAUGCAGCGGGUCAUUCCUCCAAACAUCAAACUGCACCCUCUCUGGGAAGGCAUGGAGGAAGGAUCGAAGGUUGGACUCUUCUGCAUCCUGAGUGGGUUCUACCCUGACAAGCUGAGUGUGGAGUGGCAAGUGGAUGGCAGGGCUGUGACCACCUCUCCAGUCCAGCAAAAGCUGCAGAGUGUGGAAGGUGAGGAGAACACUUUCAGCCUGAGCAGCCAGCUGGAGCUGGACCAAAGCCAAUGGACUCAAGGGUCAAAGGUCACAUGUAAGGCCACCCUAAAUGCAUCACAAGGACCACCAGUCUCCAGGACCACCAGCAUUUGCUCAGCGUUUCCCUCGUCUACUCCAUCCAUCCACCUGGAGACCCCCAGAUUCAGGACAGUGAUGACACAGACUGAGGUAACAGCUACAUGUGUGGUCCACUCUGCGUUUGACGCCAAAGUGACCUGGCUUCUGGAUGGAAAAGAUCCAACCAGCAGGACCCCAGUGAACCAGGCCUGCAGGACAACUCAGAGCAUAAAUAGUAACCUGACGAUUCCUUCAAGCCAAUGGAAAACCCUGAACACAAUAACAUGCAGAGCUGAACAUCGCUGCUUCACCUCCACAGAGAAGACCAGCAAAGUUAAAGGACCUGCAGUGAGCAGCACUCCCACAGUUCUGAUCAGGAGGUCUCUCCCAGACUUACUGGAUGGAGACAGUGCUGUGCUGGAGUGUGCCAUCACACAACUCUCCUCCAUUGACCUCUACGUCACCUUUCAGGCCAAUGGGGUUGAUUUCCCUGAGAAACAGUAUGUUGAUCUGCCUGCCUGCAAAGAUCCCCAUUCAAUCACCAGACACUUCUUUGUCCCCAAAUCACACUGGAAGACAGACAACACUUUCACCUGUAAAGUGAACCAAGGCUACUCCAACAGCUGGGUGUCUAACUCCACAGGAAAGCUUUUUGGUGAACCGUCCAUGGAGCUCCUUCUAGUUCGCAGUGAGGAGACGUCAGGCUCAGGGUCCCAGAAACUCAUGUGUUCUGGUUGGGGCUUUAACCCUCAAAUCAAGUGGCUAUCAGGGUCUGAGCAGAGGUUUGCAGCAGCCAAUGAGAUAAGGAUGGGGGAAGACGGACGUGUGGUAGUAACCAGUCAUAUCAUAGUAGCACAGCAGGAGUGGAAUCAGGGGAAGGACUUCACCUGUGAGGUCAUAGACCAGGAUCUUCAGAAAACUGUCAGGAAGAGCACCAGUUUAUGUACAGCUUUUCCCUCGUCUACUCCAUCCAUCCACCUGGAGACCCCCAGAUUCAGGACAGUGAUGACACAGACUGAGGUAACAGCUACAUGUGUGGUCCACUCUGCGUAUGAUGCCAAAGUGACCUGGCUUCUGGAUGGAAAAGACCCAACCAGCAGGACCCCAGUGAACCAGGCCAGAAGCACAUCUGAGAGCAUAAGCGGUAACCUUACUCUUUCCUCAAGCCAAUGGAAAACCCUGAACACAAUAGCAUGCAGAGCUGAACAUCGCUGCUUCAACUCCGCAGAGAAGACCAGCAAAGUUAAAGGACCUGCAGUGAGCAGCACUCCCACAGUUCUGAUCAGGAGGUCUCUCCCAGACUUACUGGAUGGAGACAGUGCUGUGCUGGAGUGUGCCAUCACACAACUCUCCUCCAUUGACCUCUACGUCACCUUUCAGGCCAAUGGGGUUGAUUUCCCUGAGAAACAGUAUGUUGAUCUGCCUGCCUGCAAAGAUCCCCAUUCAAUCACCAGACACUUCUUUGUCCCCAAAUCACACUGGAAGACAGACAACACUUUCACCUGUAAAGUGAACCAAGGCUACUCCAACAGCUGGGUGUCUAACUCCACAGGAAAGCUUUUUGGUGAACCGUCCAUGGAGCUCCUUCUAGUUCGCAGUGAGGAGACGUCAGGCUCAGGGUCCCAGAAACUCAUGUGUUCUGGUUGGGGCUUUAACCCUCAAAUCAAGUGGCUAUCAGGGUCUGAGCAGAGGUUUGCAGCAGCCAAUGAGAUAAGGAUGGGGGAAGACGGACGUGUGGUAGUAACCAGUCAUAUCAUAGUAGCACAGCAGGAGUGGAAUCAGGGGAAGGACUUCACCUGUGAGGUCAUAGACCAGGAUCUUCAGAAAACUGUCAGGAAGAGCACCAGUUUAUGUACAGCUUUUCCCUCGUCUACUCCAUCCAUCCACCUGGAGACCCCCAGAUUCAGGACAGUGAUGACACAGACUGAGGUAACAGCUACAUGUGUGGUCCACUCUGCGUAUGAUGCCAAAGUGACCUGGCUUCUGGAUGGAAAAGACCCAACCAGCAGGACCCCAGUGAACCAGGCCAGAAGCACAUCUGAGAGCAUAAGCGGUAACCUUACUCUUUCCUCAAGCCAAUGGAAAACCCUGAACACAAUAACAUGCAGAGCUGAACAUCGCUGCUUCAACUCCGCAGAGAAGACCAGCAAAGUUAAAGGACCUGCAGUGAGCAGCACUCCCACAGUUCUGAUCAGGAGGUCUCUCCCAGACUUACUGGAUGGAGACAGUGCUGUGCUGGAGUGUGCCAUCACACAACUCUCCUCCAUUGACCUCUACGUCACCUUUCAGGCCAAUGGGGUUGAUUUCCCUGAGAAACAGUAUGUUGAUCUGCCUGCCUGCAAAGAUCCCCAUUCAAUCACCAGACACUUCUUUGUCCCCAAAUCACACUGGAAGACAGACAACACUUUCACCUGUAAAGUGAACCAAGGCUACUCCAACAGCUGGGUGUCUAACUCCACAGGAAAGCUUUUUGGUGAACCGUCCAUGGAGCUCCUUCUAGUUCGCAGUGAGGAGACGUCAGGCUCAGGGUCCCAGAAACUCAUGUGUUCUGGUUGGGGCUUUAACCCUCAAAUCAAGUGGCUAUCAGGGUCUGAGCAGAGGUUUGCAGCAGCCAAUGAGAUAAGGAUGGGGGAAGACGGACGUGUGGUAGUAACCAGUCAUAUCAUAGUAGCACAGCAGGAGUGGAAUCAGGGGAAGGACUUCACCUGUGAGGUCAUAGACCAGGAUCUUCAGAAAACUGUCAGGAAGAGCACCAGUUUAUGUACAGCUUUUCCCUCGUUUACUCCAUCCAUCCACCUGGAGACCCCCAGAUUCAGGACAGUGAUGACACAGACUGAGGUAACAGCUACAUGUGUGGUCCACUCUGCGUAUGAUGCCAAAGUGACCUGGCUUCUGGAUGGAAAAGACCCAACCAGCAGGACCCCAGUGAACCAGGCCAGAAGCACAUCUGAGAGCAUAAGCGGCAACCUUACUCUUUCCUCAAGCCAAUGGAAAACCCUGAACACAAUAACAUGCAGAGCUGAACAUCGCUGCUUCAACUCCGCAGAGAAGACCAGCAAAGUUAAAGGACCUGCAGUGAGCAGCACUCCCACAGUUCUGAUCAGGAGGUCUCUCCCAGACUUACUGGAUGGAGACAGUGCUGUGCUGGAGUGUGCCAUCACACAACUCUCCUCCAUUGACCUCUACGUCACCUUUCAGGCCAAUGGGGUUGAUUUCCCUGAGAAACAGUAUGUUGAUCUGCCUGCCUGCAAAGAUCCCCAUUCAAUCACCAGACACUUCUUUGUCCCCAAAUCACACUGGAAGACAGACAACACUUUCACCUGUAAAGUGAACCAAGGCUACUCCAACAGCUGGGUGUCUAACUCCACAGGAAAGCUUUUUGGUGAACCGUCCAUGGAGCUCCUUCUAGUUCGCAGUGAGGAGACGUCAGGCUCAGGGUCCCAGAAACUCAUGUGUUCUGGUUGGGGCUUUAACCCUCAAAUCAAGUGGCUAUCAGGGUCUGAGCAGAGGUUUGCAGCAGCCAAUGAGAUAAGGAUGGGGGAAGACGGACGUGUGGUAGUAACCAGUCAUAUCAUAGUAGCACAGCAGGAGUGGAAUCAGGGGAAGGACUUCACCUGUGAGGUCAUAGACCAGGAUCUUCAGAAAACUGUCAGGAAGAGCACCAGUUUAUGUACAGCUUUUCCCUCGUUUACUCCAUCCAUCCACCUGGAGACCCCCAGAUUCAGGACAGUGAUGACACAGACUGAGGUAACAGCUACAUGUGUGGUCCACUCUGCGUAUGAUGCCAAAGUGACCUGGCUUCUGGAUGGAAAAGACCCAACCAGCAGGACCCCAGUGAACCAGGCCAGAAGCACAUCUGAGAGCAUAAGCGGUAACCUUACUCUUUCCUCAAGCCAAUGGAAAACCCUGAACACAAUAACAUGCAGAGCUGAACAUCGCUGCUUCAACUCCGCAGAGAAGACCAGCAAAGUUAAAGGACCUGCAGUGAGCAGCACUCCCACAGUUCUGAUCAGGAGGUCUCUCCCAGACUUACUGGAUGGAGACAGUGCUGUGCUGGAGUGUGCCAUCACACAACUCUCCUCCAUUGACCUCUACGUCACCUUUCAGGCCAAUGGGGUUGAUUUCCCUGAGAAACAGUAUGUUGAUCUGCCUGCCUGCAAAGAUCCCCAUUCAAUCACCAGACACUUCUUUGUCCCCAAAUCACACUGGAAGACAGACAACACUUUCACCUGUAAAGUGAACCAAGGCUACUCCAACAGCUGGGUGUCUAACUCCACAGGAAAGCUUUUUGGUGAACCGUCCAUGGAGCUCCUUCUAGUUCGCAGUGAGGAGACGUCAGGCUCAGGGUCCCAGAAACUCAUGUGUUCUGGUUGGGGCUUUAACCCUCAAAUCAAGUGGCUAUCAGGGUCUGAGCAGAGGUUUGCAGCAGCCAAUGAGAUAAGGAUGGGGGAAGACGGACGUGUGGUAGUAACCAGUCAUAUCAUAGUAGCACAGCAGGAGUGGAAUCAGGGGAAGGACUUCACCUGUGAGGUCAUAGACCAGGAUCUUCAGAAAACUGUCAGGAAGAGCACCAGUUUAUGUACAGCUUUUCCCUCGUCUACUCCAUCCAUCCACCUGGAGACCCCCAGAUUCAGGACAGUGAUGACACAGACUGAGGUAACAGCUACAUGUGUGGUCCACUCUGCGUAUGAUGCCAAAGUGACCUGGCUUCUGGAUGGAAAAGACCCAACCAGCAGGACCCCAGUGAACCAGGCCAGAAGCACAUCUGAGAGCAUAAGCGGUAACCUUACUCUUUCCUCAAGCCAAUGGAAAACCCUGAACACAAUAACAUGCAGAGCUGAACAUCGCUGCUUCAACUCCGCAGAGAAGACCAGCAAAGUUAAAGAACCACUGAUGGUGACUCUGAACCCACCGAGUGUGAGAGAGGUGUUCUUUGACAACCAAGCAGUGCUGGACUGUGUCAUCACUGGUACAGACCAGGACACAGUGUCUGGUACCACUAUCACCUGGCAGGUCAACGGACAGGCCAAGACGAGUGGCAUCAUUCUGAAACCUAUUGAAUCAAAGGGUAACAUGAACAGCAGGGUCAGUACUCUGACCAUAGACCAGACAGAGUGGACCAAUGUGAACAAAGUCCAGUGUUCUGCCAUGAAGAGAGGUGAAGUCACACCGGUCAUUCAGGACCUCAGCUUUACCAAAGGAAGUGAAGCCCCUUCAGUGUCCGUCCACAUUCUCCCGGAGGAAGACACCAGGGAGGAGGGGGAAGUGACUCUGGUGUGCCUGGUGGUCUGCCCGUCUCUCUGUGACGUCCACAUCAUGUGGAAGGGGAACAGCGGUGAUUACCAGGAGGGGGUCACCAGCCCUCCUCAGAAAACCCAGAAAGGCAACUAUUCUGUCACCAGCGUCUUUACCACCACCAAGAAGGAGUGGGAGGGAAACUCGGUUUUCACAUGCGCCGUCAAGCACCUCGGCUCGGACAACAAUACCCCACCUCAGGAGAGGAGUGUGUUUAAGUCCAUGGGUAACUCAUGUGAAGACAAGUGAUAUUAAUCUGUGUGUGUUGUGUCAUUGUGUCUCCUUAUUGACUCCUCUAUGGGUCAGAAUAGCCCAUUACUAGGAGUGUCCCCUGUUGUCCUCUUUGAUGUCAUUGUUGUUGUCCUUGAGAUAAAGUUAACAUGUUAGUGUUGCCAUUGUUUUGUUGACUGUAGACAUGUAUAUUGUGUUGAAAGAUGUCAGUCCUACGGCAGUCUUGUGUUGUCCAUUGUCAUUGUUCAAUGUGUCUUCCUAAUGUGGAGACUGGCUAAUAAACAAUACCGCACAUGGUUUGGUGUUCGUAUAUCAAUUACAAGUCUUGCUGUAUUUGUUAGAAUAUGAUGAAGACCAAUACACUUGUGUCUGUGUGUAUUGUACACCUGUAUGUCUGUUCCUCACCACCUGCCUCUCUCCC